CACAGUUUCAAGAAGGAAGCGGCACAGGCGUCUCCAUCCCCGGCUCCAGGCGUGGUCUCAGACGGGUGUGGUGUUCUGGGGCUUGUUCGGCUGAAGUUCAGCAGCAGCAGCAGCAGCAGCAGCACAUGUACAGAGCAUGACAGAGAUGUGAGGAGCAGAGAGGAGCUGACAUGGAGAGAAGAGUGAACUCUGGUGCUUGUGCGUAAUUCUCCUCUGAUCGGUGCGUCAGGGCUGUGAGUGUGUGUGUGAGAGAGAGAGGGAGGACGCUGUGAUAGAGAACAAUGGGCCUCCUGCAGCUGCUGAAGUCCCAGUUCGUGUGCCACCUGCUCAUUUUCUACGUGUUCCUGGCGUCGGGCCUCAUCGUCAACCUGUUGCAGAUCUGCACCCUGCCUCUGUGGCUGGUCAGCAAGCGGCUGGCCCGCAGGAUCAACAUCCGACUGUGCUACUGGGUCAGCAGCCAGCCGGUAGCUGUCCUGGAGUGGUGGUCUGGGACACAAUGUACGCUCUACACGGAUCCAGAGAGCUACACACUGUACGGGAAAGAGAACGCCAUCGUGGUUAUGAACCACAGUUUUGAGAUCGACUUCCUGUGCGGCUGGACCUUCUGUGAAAGAUUCGGAGUCCUCGGGAGUUCAAAGGUGUUGGCCAAGAAGGAGCUGGCUUAUGUUCCAGUGAUUGGUUGGAUGUGGUACUUCAUGGAGAUCGUUUUCUGUAAGAGGAAAUGGGAGGAGGACAGAAGGACGGUGGCGCAGAGUCUUCAGAAACUGUGGGAUUACCCAGAAAAGUUCUGGUUCUUGCUUUUCUGUGAAGGCACGCGCUUAACGCCAAAGAAGCACGAGGUCAGCAUGCAGGUGGCUGAGAGCAAAGGUCUGGCCAAACUGAAGCAUCAUCUCCUGCCCAGGACCAAGGGAUUCUGGGUAACCGUCCAAAACCUCAGGGGAACAGCUGUGGCUCUUUACGAUUCCACACUGAACUUCAGAAACAACGAGAAGCCGACCGUGCUCGGAAUUCUCAGCGGGAAGAAAUAUCAUGCAGAUUUAUAUGUGAGGAGAAUCCCUCUGGAGCAGAUCCCCGAAGGUGAGGCCGAGUGCGCCGCCUGGCUCCACAAGCUCUACCAGGAAAAGGACAGCUUUCAGGAGCAUUACACACAGACGGGACGUUUCCCCGGGCCAAAAACAAGCCCCCCAUCCCGACCAUGGUCCUUGAUCAACUGGCUGAUCUGGUCCUGCCUGCUCCUCUACCCUCUGGGCCUGCUGCUCGCUCGACUCAUCAGCUCUGGAUCAGUGUUUACCCUCUUGGCUGCUGGGGCUCUCUGCGCCGCAGCUUCACUGGGAGUUCGCUGGAUGAUCGGCCAGACUGAGGUCGACAAAGGCUCCAGUUACGGGAACAAGGAGGUUCUUCUGAACAUCAACUGAGUCGACUCUGAGAAUCUUAAGAACACCAGCCUGACGGGAGCUUGCUGGUCCAACAAGUACAAACUUGCUUCAAAGCACAAAACAAACAGGGUUGUCUUGUUUUUAUGCUCUUGAGCCGAACUGGGAUGAUCAUGAUAGUGGACUGAGGUGAGCAGCUUCCUUUAGGUUCCUUAUCAUAAAAAUAUGAGCCAAGAAAACAACAUUCACUGUAAAUCAGAAGGUUCAUAUUUAAAUACAGUCGAGGCAGAAAUUCUCGCUAAAAAGACUAAUUGAAAAUUCAAACAAGUGAAAAAUUUAACUCUUUGAUUGACAUUUUUAUGCUUGAAUAAAAUAUAUUUUACUUAAAAAAGAUUAAUACUGGUUCCUUGAUGUUAAGUGUUUGUAACGAACUCUGCAAAAGCAGCAGAGGUCCAGAAGUUGUAGUGCGUCCUUUUGUCCUUGUCAGGACUAGUAGACCUCAUGGGGACCAAACCCGGUCCUAAUUAUGCAAAACGUAAUUUCUGAGGUCCUGGUUCAGAUUAGAGAGAAGAUGUGAAUUGUUGAUUCAGUUUCAGUUUUGGUUAGGACAGCCACAAUGAAUGGAAUGCAGUGUCCUAACAAGGAUGGCUUUGCUAACUCUGUGUGCGUGUGUGUACUUGUACUUUUGAGCAGAGACCUUGUGGAGUGAGGACACUUUGGCAGGACCUCACUUUUUCAAAGGGCUGUUAAAGGGUUAACACUUGGUUUUAGGGUUAGAAAAUGGAGUGGAAUAGGGAACUAAUUAUGCCAAUCAGUGUCUUCAGUAAGAUAGUACAGGAAUGUGUGUGUAUGCGUUUAGCAGCAGUAGUGAGGGAGAGCAGGCAACGUUUCUAAUUGUAAUGAACUUCACUCGAGCAACGAGAGCAGCUCCUCACCAGUUAACAGAUUUCCUUGAAAAAAAAAACCUGAAGGCUUCAACUUGUCAUCCACUAAAAAGCUGAUGUUUGUACUUGCACAUUAACAAGUGAUGAAUAACGUACUGUGCAUUAGAAGGUGUUGAGAUCAGGACUAAAGACGAGGAGAGUCACAGCCUGAGCUGCAGGUCACCUCCCUGUGGUUUUAAUAAAUGCAUGUACAGGCACAUAACCUAAAUGCUCCACGUGGAGACACAGCUAAUCUACCAGGCAUCUCGUAUUGACAGUAGACACAGAGGUAAAGCGAGCACGUACUUCAGUCCCUCUCCUCCCUCCCUCCUUCCUCAUAUCUCCAGUUAGCAUCUCAGAGAGGACGUAGCAGAGCUCCAGAUAUCUGCUGCUCGUCUGUGACCUUUGCUCAUUAAACCUGCAAAAUGGUGGUGGUGUUCAAAUGAGUGAGCUAUUCAUCUCGGCUGUUCACUGCGAAGAUGUUGUUCCUCAACCAAAGUGACUCGGCUCAUUCAGGCCUGAUGAUGUCACUUUGUUGUUGAUGUUUCUGACAUAGCAAAUCACAAAGCUAUGAGGAAGACAUCAUUUCAUAUCUUUGUUGAUUUAUUUCCCUCUGUCACCAUCAUGCCAUGUCCCGUUCCUCCAGCCCUCUCCCGGUACCGGGACAUUUCAGUCACUGCCUGUCACAGGAAGAAACCUUUGUGUCGUUUGUGUUGGUUUGAAGUCACCUAAGCCUCUAAGACAAUUGCCUACAAUGCAGUGAAAUUUUAUUUUUUUAUCUUCCUAUAACAAACAUUUUUUAUUAAACAAGGUUUUAUAUUAAAAGAUAAUUAGCUAAAUUGUCAUGUGUCUUAUUAAAUCAUGGUGCAAUAAAAACAGAUAUUAAAAGGAAA